UAGGGAGUUUUGUUAUUAAUUUAGGGACUUUUGUUAAAAGCUUUAGGGAAAAGUUUUUUCAAGAGUUGGGAGCACUGUUCCAUUAAUACACUGUCCGAUGAACGAACUGACAGUUAAAGAUCGAUAAACAAUAGCAAUAAAUUCACAUUUUCAAAACAUUGUAAUCUUUAGAAUACUAUGUUUAUAUUCAUGCUAAUGAUAUAGACUUAUGAGGAAUUGUCACAUGUUUUUACGGUUUUAUCUUCUAUGUAAAUGCAAUUUCAGUAUGGAUAUGAGUUUGCUUGAGACAGUUAUUACUACAUUCGGUGUGUUAUUGACAAUGGCUCUGUUGAGCUGUCUUUGCUGCAUAUGUAUGAAAUUCAGUGAUUUAAAACUCCAAAGAUACAUCAUGGAAAUGGCUAAGAGAAAAGGGAUUCAUAUUGAUGUUGAAAAAUUAGAUCCAAACCGCACCCGAUCACCAUUGGCGAAUGAAAACUGUACAAUUAUAGUUCCCGAUGUUGCAAUCAUACUGUAGUAUGUUAAAAGGUAGCUGAAAAUAACUAAUUUUGUGUUCUUGUUCAACAUCAACGACUAUUUUGAGGAAAUAUAUACAAUAAUGACUUUUUAAUAGUGA